CCCUUCCCACCCGUGCAUAAACCUUUCUUUAACCAGCUCCUCCUCCUCGCCCUCCUCCCUUAAUUUAAUCCUCCUCCGCUCGCUCGCUCGCCGUGGGAGGCUUAGGUUAGGGUUUUGAGGGACCUAAUCUCGCGCUAGUAGAAAGAGGGUGGCCGAGGUCUCUUUUCGGACUAACGAUAGAGACGCUGGCAUGAGUUUCGGUGGCCUCUUCGACGGCGGUGGCGCCGGCGGCGGCAUGCAGUUCCCCUACGCCGCCGCCUUCUCCUCCUCCCCCGCGCUCUCCCUCGGCCUGGACAACGCCGGCGGCGGCGGCGGCAUCGGCGGCCGGAUGUUCCCCGACGCCGCGGCGGGGCGGGACGCGGACGCCGCGCAGAACGACAGCCGCUCCGGCAGCGACCACCUGGACGCCGUCUCCGGCGUCGGCGACGACGACGACGACGCCGCAGAGCCCAGCAACCCGCGCAAGCGCAAGAAGCGAUACCACCGCCACACGCCGCAGCAGAUCCAGGAGCUCGAAGCGCUGUUCAAGGAGUGCCCGCACCCGGACGAGAAGCAGCGGGCCGAGCUCAGCAGGAGGCUCUCCCUAGACGCGCGGCAGGUCAAGUUCUGGUUCCAGAACAGACGCACGCAGAUGAAGACGCAGCUGGAGCGGCACGAGAACGCGAUCCUCAAGCAGGAGAACGACCGCCUGCGGGCGGAGAACAUGACCAUCCGGGAGGCGAUGCGCACCCCGAUGUGCGGCGGCUGCGGGAGCCCGGCCAUGCUCGGGGAGGUCUCGCUCGAGGAGCAGCACCUGCGCAUCGAGAACGAGCGCCUCAAGGACGAGCUCAGCCGCGUCUGCACCCUCGCCACCAAGUUCCUCGGCAAGCCCGUCUCGCUCCUGUCCCCGAUGCAGCUGCAGCCGCAGCACCUGUCCAUGCCCCUGCCCAACUCCUCCCUCGAGCUCGCCGUCGGGGGCAUCGGUGGCAUUGGGUCUAUGCAGCAGCAGGCUACGAUGCACGGUGGCAUGAGCGACUACGCCGGGGGCGCCUCCAGCUCCAUGGGCACGGUCAUCACGCCCGCGCGGGCCGCUGGCUCUGCUGCUCUCGCGUCCAUGGUGGACAUCGAUAGAUCCGUCUUCUUGGAGAUCGCUAUCAGCGCCAUGGACGAGCUCGUCAAGAUGGCGCAGAUGGGUGAUCCUUUGUGGGUUACAACGGGCUUGCCUGGUUCUCCCAGCAAGGAGACGCUCAACUUCGACGAGUACCACUCCACUUUUCAGUCUAUUGGCAUGAAGCCUGUCGGGUUUGUGUCCGAGGCCUCUAGGGAGUCCGGACUGGUCAUCAUCGACAACAGUGUUGCCCUUGUAGAGACCCUCAUGGACGAGGUUAGACUCCAGGCUAACCCAUUCCUUCCUUCAUUUACAUUUGUUCCGCAGAUAUAUUAUGCUGACGAUACUGCUCCAUUUCAUUCUCAGAGACGGUGGUCUGACAUGUUCUCCUGCAUGAUCGCCAAGGCCACAAUCCUUGAGGAGGUGUCUAGCGGCAUUGCCUCAAGCAGAAACGGCGCGUUGCUGCUUAUGAAGGCUGAGCUACAGGUGCUCUCACCUCUGGUCCCCAUCAGGGAGGUUAUAUUCCUCAGGUUUUGCAAGCAGCUGGCUGAUUGUGCGUGGGCAGUGGUGGACGUGUCCAUUGAUGGAUUGCUGAGCAAUCAAAAUUCUGCUACGGCACAACCAGCUGCAAAUUUGAAGUGCAGGAGGCUACCUUCUGGCUGUGUGAUGCAAGACACUCCCAAUGGCUACUGCAAGGUCACAUGGGUUGAGCAUUCGGAAUACGAUGAGGCAUCUGUCCACCAGUUCUACAGACCACUUCUCCGAUCUGGCCAUGCCUUUGGUGCCAGCCGGUGGCUUGCGACACUGCAGCGUCAGUGUGAAUGCCUGGCCAUCCUCAUGUCCUCUACUGCAGUGCCACCAAAUGAACCAACCGCUAUAUCACAAGAGGGUAAGCGAAGCAUGCUUAAGCUCGCACGCCGGAUGACGGAGAACUUCUGUGCCGGGGUGAGUGCAUCAUCUGCACGUGAAUGGAGUAAGCUGGAUGGUGCAACAGGUAGCAUCGGUGAGGAUGUGCGUGUCAUGGUACGAAAGAGUGUGAGCGAGCCUGGGGAGCCAGCUGGAGUGGUGCUGAGUGCCGCCACAUCCGUAUGGUUGCCUGUCGCUCCAGAGAGGCUGUUCGACUUUCUGCGUGAUGAACAACUGCGUGCGGAGUGGGAUAUCCUCAGCAAUGGAGGACCCAUGCAGGAGAUGACUCGGAUCGCAAAGGGGCAUCAGAAUGGAAACUCCGUAUCCCUCCUAAGAGCCAGUGCCUUGAGUGCCAACCAGAGUAGCAUGUUGAUCCUUCAGGAAACUUGCACCGAUGCUUCGGGAUCGAUUGUUGUAUAUGCUCCAGUGGACAUCCCCGCAAUGCAGCUUGUGAUGAACGGCGGGGAUUCCACCUAUGUCGCUCUGCUGCCAUCUGGAUUCGCCAUUCUUCCUGAUGGUCCUAGCGUCGGAAACGAGCACAAGACGGGCGGCUCUCUGUUGACCGUGGCAUUUCAGAUUCUUGUGAACAGCCAGCCCACUGCCAAACUCACCGUGGAGUCGGUGGAGACCGUGAACAAUCUCAUCUCAUGCACCAUCAAGAAGAUCAAGACUGCGCUGCAGUGCGCAACGCCAGAGUGUUAGAAUGGAUUUUUUUUGCCUCGGGGAUGACUGGCGACGGCGACGUUGAGUCUGAGUCAAGAACGAACCGCGCAAUGGAAAAAAGAAAUCCUUUGCUAGGUGAUAAGGAUCUUAAGUCGACAAGGUCCUUAGCACAGAGCAAUGGUGGUGGUUCGGGUAUUGACUCGGCCUCUUCCGUCUGGCUUUUGUUCCCCGGUACCAAUACCCUUGCAUUUUAGACAUUUCUUGGAAGGAUAUGCUUUUAGUUCCAUGGUUUUAGGGAGUCGAUGUGUGUACUUUCGGCUGGCUCGUUGCCUCUGUACUGUCUCUUUCUUUUGUAAGAAUGAGCUCGUGUGCAAGUGGAAGCUCAGAAAUGCUGGGUAAUUUAAUAUCCGUCCAUGCAUAGGUUCUGGUAGAAGUAUAGGAUCAAACGUCAAUGUUUGAAAGCCGACCUCAUAAUGUCUGGCAUUGCUGCUGAGAUUUUAUUUUGGAAUCAAUGGCUAGCCAAAGUUCUGAAUA